UAUCGCUUGACGGCGCACAGUAAUCUGAAGGCACCUAAAAGAUACAGUGGCAGUUUCAUUACGAUAACGAAUAGCCGGAUCGGAUCUCUCUCUUUCCCCUUAAUAUAUUCGCCAUAAGUGCUAUUACCCAAUUAAAAUCAUUUCAACAGCCUCCGCUUUGGGAUACGGUUAGCACGGAGCGAAAACCCAGAAGCGCAAAGCAAAAUGGAUGCGGCAACGGAAUUGCCGUCUCCAUCACUGGAGCUCAGCAAUGUCAGUAUGGUGUUCAAUAAGAGCAUUGACAAUAUCAAUCAGAUAUUGGCGACCAGCUUCAACAUGGCUCCAGAACAUGCCCUAGAGGCAGAGGAGUAUGGCUGCUUCAGCGCCAAUUGCUCACCUUCGGAGUACGUGGAAUUUGUGCUGGGCCCACAAACGUUGCCACUCUAUAAGGCGAUUUUUAUUACCAUUAUAUUUGGAGCGGUUUUUAUAACUGGCGUGAUAGGAAAUCUUCUUGUGUGCAUUGUGAUAAUACGACAUUCCACAAUGCACACGGCGACCAACUAUUACCUCUUCAGUCUGGCCGUUUCGGAUCUGCUCUACUUGCUCUUUGGACUUCCCGCUGAAGUAUUUCUCUACUGGCAUCAGUAUCCUUUUCUCUUUGGCUUGACCUUUUGCAAACUACGAGCAUUCAUCUCUGAGGCCUGCACUUAUGUGUCGGUGUUUACGAUCGUUGCCUUUUCCAUGGAGCGAUUUUUGGCCAUCUGCUAUCCUCUCUACCUGUAUGCCAUGGUUGGGUUCAAGCGUGCCGUGCGGAUCAUAACUGCACUCUGGAUUAUAAGUUUUAUAAGCGCCAUACCAUUUGGAUUACUCACCGACAUUCAAUAUCUCAUUUAUCCACUAGAUAAUGCGCCCAUAGCGGACUCUGCAUUCUGUUCAAUGUCACCAGAGGUUCCAAAUAUCAUUCCCAUAUUUGAGAUAUCGUUUUGUGUUUUCUUUGUGAUUCCCAUGAUUAUUAUCAUUUUGCUCUACGGACGCAUGGGAGCCAAAAUUCGUUCAAGAACAACACUCAAAUUGGGCGUUCGACAUGGCACCAUUAAUCAAGAAGCGAGAAACUCACAAAAGAAAAAGAAGACAGUCAUAAGAAUGUUGGCCGCUGUUGUCAUCACAUUCUUUGUGUGCUGGUUUCCCUUUCACAUACAAAGACUUUGGUACUUGUACGCAAAGAAUAUUGAAAACUUUCAAGACAUAAACGAGUGGCUGUUCUCUAUUGCUGGAUUCGCCUACUACGUGUCAUGCACCAUUAAUCCAAUCGUUUACAGUGUCAUGUCGCGACGCUAUCGGGUUGCAUUUAAGGAGUUACUUUGUGGCAAACCAGUGGGUGCCUACUACAACAGCGGAUUUGCACGGGAUUGCUCGAGUUUUCGAGAGCCCUCAACUGGCGCGAGUCUGGCUAACAACAGAGGCUACGAUCGCGUUCAAUCUGUUCACGUUCGAUCUAGCCAUUACGAUAAUGCUAAUGAAACCUCUUCUAUGCCUUCGAAUAGAGUGCUAAUCAAGAAAACAUAUAGCCUUCCUCUGCCAAAGAAUGCCGACUCAACCGUCAUAAGCAGAACAGAUAUUGUGAUCGUGCUAGAAAAUAGUGCAGGUGCCCGAAAGGACGGCGAAGAAUCAAAGGAAACUUGCAUUUAAGGGCGUCAUCUCACAUUUAAUUUAGGGUUAAAAGUGGGAAAUCUAAGGGACCUCCACAUGAUAUAUGCAUGGACUAUGCUCCAAAAUACUUAAAUUCAUAUCAAGAAACUCCUAUGUAAUACGUUCGUAUCAAUAAGGCAUUAUAUUAGCACGUAAACGAUAUGUUAUAGAAUACAAUAUUUAUUUAAUUUAAGUCUAAAUAAUUUGUUAUGUCGACAAUACUCUGAUUACUGCACAUGCACUCUUGGAU